UUGCAGAAUUACUCUCCUAUGAUGGCACAGAAAUCACAAGGAUCUGACAACCUUCAAGAAGGCCAGGAAAAGAGCAAGAGAGAGAUCCUGAAGUGCACCAAGAGCGCAUGGGCUCCGCUGGAUGAGUGUCUGCUCCCUGACCCUGAGGAGGAAAGCCAGAGUCUCACCGUCCCCAUGCUGGAAGAUUCCAAGCAAGAAAGUAUUCAGCAGUGGCUGGACUCUGGAUUCUUUGUCUCUGCAAAUGAAAACUUUCAACAAGUCAUUGACCGCACUGUUUCUUUGUAUGAACAAGGGAUGGUUCAAAUGACUGUGAAAGACUACAUGAGAUCUUUGCAUCAGGUUUCAGAAACUCCCAUCCUAUCCAGAGGGACCAGUUUCAACUCUUGCUAUUCUACUGCAAGUGUACCACAAAGCAUUCCUGAAUGGCUGGAAUUUUGGGAGAUAGAUCCAGUGGAGAUUCUCUUGGAUCUGGGGUUUGGUGCUGAUGAGCCAGACAUCUGCACGCAAAUCCCAGCCAGAUUCCUUGGUUGUGGCUCAGCAGCCAGAGGGAUCAACAUCCGUGUUUUUCUUGAAGCUCAAAAGCAGCGAAUGGACAUUGAGAACCCCAACUUGUACGGUCGUUUCCGACAGCUGGAAAUCCUGGACCAUGUGACCAAUGCCUUCUCAUCUCUGCUGAGUGAUGUCAGCAUCCUGCCAAACAGAGCUGAAGAGAAAGCUGGAGGAGAGAGUGUGCAAAGAACCUCAGUGAGUGCCACCAAAGAGCAUCGAAGAAGAAUGGGUAAACUCUUAAGGAGAGCUUCCAAACAGAACAUCAGCCGGGAUUGUAACCCAGAGGUAUCAGAGUCCUUCAAGGUGAAAGAUGAAGUUUUUAUCCCCUUUACAAAACCAUGGGAUUGUGGAGCAGAGCUAGCAGCAACCUCAAUCAGCCACAAGCAAAAUCAUUUGUCUCUGUCAGUAGAACAUCCGUCUCUCCAAGCCUGUGAUGAUUUGCUACCUUAUCCUCCUCAUGGUCUUCUGAGCGAGCAGUGGCCUUGCUCAUCUAUGCCGGCCAAGCAGGCUCCUCCUUCCUGUGUGUCUGAGGGGUCAGUCAAGGGCAGAACUCAGAAGGAGAACUUAUUUCAGACUAACAAGCUCAAGAGCUUGUCUCGUCUUACAGGCAAAGGACCAGACUCAUUUGAAAUGGAAGAGGUCCAAAGCUUUGAAGAAGAGACUGGUAAUCCUCUUGACAUGACUUCAGGAACUGUAGGUGCCAGGGUGGACAGAGCAAAUAGCUGCCAGUCUGACAGCAGCGGGUUCCUGGAGGAGCCGCUGGAACCGCUGCCCCUCCAGAUGCCUUCCUUGCCAAACAGCCAGAGUCCUGCUGAGAAUGGAGGUAGAAAGCCAAGAGAUCAGAGCCACAGCUUAGUAUCAUCCCAGGACUGUCAGCUAGAGUCAGAUGGGCCAGAUUCCAAGAGUAGGGCGAGCAUGUCUUUUUCAAGCCAAGAAGCGAAUGCCUUGGAACAAAGGGCCUCAGUAUCUGUGAUGGAGGAAGAGUUUCUGCUUGAGGCCAUGGAGGGGACACCAGAGCUGUAUAUCCCAGACAUGGCCUGUGCCAAGACCACCACGAGGGGAGAACACCCAAGGAAAGACAGCCAUCUGCGGCAGCUUCUGCCAAUGCCCCAUGCUGAGUAUGAGGUCACCAGACCCACAGCCACUUCCAAAUAUGGUCAUCCUCUGGGGUUUAUGGUAACCCACAUCACAGAAAUGCAGGACAGUUUUGUGAGGCCUGAGGGAGCUGGCAAAGUGCAAAGCCACCACAAUGAGUCUCAAAGAUCACCUGGAAAUGAUCAUACUCAAGACAAGUUCCUUCAUGUUGACUCUGAGGCCCCACGAGAAGAGGAAAGCAGUGGAUUCUGUCCUCACACCAACCACAGCUUACUCGUACCAGAAAGCUCAUCACAGUGUAUCCCCAAGCACAGUGAAAUCACACCUUAUGCAACUGACCUUGCUCAAACAUCUGAAAAGCUCAUUCCCCACCUCCAUAAACUGCCUGGAGAUCCUGCCCAGGUGAAGUCAAGGUCUGGUACUUUGGGUCAGAUACUACCUAGGACAGAAGCUGAGAUGGAAAACCUUCCUCUAAAUACUGGCAGCUCCCGGUCUGUAAUGACCCAGAUGUCCUCCAGCCUGGUGUCGGCUGCUCAGAGUGCUGUGUCCUUGGGGACUGGUCCCAGAGGAACAUCUUUAGAAUGCACUGUGUGUGAUCCUGUUACCGCAACAGAAACAAGACUGGGGACAAAAGCAAGACAGUUAAAUGAUGCUUCCAUUCAGACUUCAGCUCUAAGCAACAAGACCUUGACACAUGGGCCCCAGCCCCUCACCAAAUCCGUCUCUCUAGACUCAGGCUUCUCUAGUAUCUGCCCAAUGGGCACCUGCCAUGCUAUACCUGCCCACUGCUGCAUCUGCUGUCAUCACCACCCUCACUGCCACGGGGAGAGGCAAAGCCCUGGCCCUGAACCCUCAGUCUGUAGGCACUGCCUGUGCUCACUAACUGGUCACCAGGAAGCCCAGUUCAUGACGACUUUGAAAGCCCUUCAGGACACUACAGUGAAGGAGCUACGUUCCUGCACAGUCCAUGAGAUGGAAGCCAUGAAGACGAUAUGCCAAAGUUUCCGGGAGUAUUUAGAAGAAAUUGAACAGCACCUUAUGGGACAGCAGGCCCUCUUUUCCAGGGACAUGUCAGAGGAGGAAAGGGAGGAGGCCGAGCAACUGCAAGCGUUACGUGAGGCCCUGAGGCAGCAGGUGGCAGAGUUGGAAUUUCAGUUAGGAGACCGGGCUCAGCAAAUCAGAGAAGGGAUUUUACUGCAGCUGGAGGUUCUCACAGCAGAGCCACCUGAACACUAUUCAAAUCUGCAUCAAUAUAACUGGAUAGAAGAAAGCAAUGGCCAGACUUCAUGUUCUAAAAUCCACCCAGGCAUGGCCCCAAGGACUGUGUUUCCUCCCAAUGAUGGCCAGCAGGCUCCCUGUUCAGGUGGGACCCAGUUGGCUGCCUUCACUCCACCCACCUUGGAGAACAGCACCAGGAUGUCUCCUUCAUCAUCAGCUUGGGCAAAGUUAGGUCCAACCCCUUUGUCAAAUUGUCCUGUUGGAGAAAAGGAUGCAGAUGUCUUCCUCUAGAUCAGAGCAGGUUUGUUAACCUUCAUACAAAAUAUAAAGGCCCAGAACAGAUGUAGCAAGGAAAUUUCAAUUUUCCCCAAGGAGAAGGGUCUGCCAACCCAUUGUCAGCUAUAUCUCUCAUAUUCUACCCUGUGGUUAAAUCCAAGAGGAGUUUAGAAUACUCUAAUACUCAUUCAAUAUAGAAUAACUGAGCACCUAGUAUGUGCCUGGCACAGAGUAUGCAACAGUGACUACAUAGUAUACGGUCUCUGCCCUGCUAGAACUUACAGUGUAGUGGGGGAGAUAGAAUUGCAAACAAAAAGUACCUGAGACAGACCUCAGUCAAUAUAGAAGUUUAUUUUGCCAAGGUUAAGGAUACACACCCAGAAGACAGGUCUGUGCCUUUCUCCAAAGAUGAUUUUUAGGCCUUCAACAUUUAUUGGGGAAAGGGUGCUAAUGGGGAAAGAGGAAGACAUUUUUAAAAGGUGUGGGUACAUAAGAGGCAAACAGUUGCAUUUUUUUGGGUCUGAUCAGCUUUUCUCGUGCGAGAGGGGGUAGAGGAACAGUCACUUAUGCAUUCACCUAGCUCAGUGGAUCUGCACUUUUACAGAAGGUAAAAUAAACAUAGGGCAGAGGAAGCAAUCAGAUAUGCAUUUGUCUCGGGGGAGCAGAGGGAUGCCUUUGAGUUCUGUUCUUUGUCCUGUACCUAUUAAGAGAAGCUAUCAAUAUACUUUGUCAGGAUAAAAUUCAACAGAACUGUUUUAGACUAAAGAUUUUAGGGCCCACAAGGAAUUUUCCAGUGGGCAAAUUGUGAGGGAGGUAUGUAGCUUUUAAAAAAAUCUUUGUAGCUUUCUCAUUUAGAAAUAAAAUGGGAGGCAGAUUGCCUGAUGC